CCUAGAUCCUUCCGUGGCUCUGUGAACGGCACUAGGAUUCAGUGCAUUUUUGUAGCUGCAGGUCUCAGCAGCAUCACCCGUGCGGCAAACACAAAUACUUUCCUCUAUUUCUUCACUGGCAACUUUACAAAUGGCACUCUGGGGUCUCCAGUCACACGAAUGUCUACAAAUUCAUCGGUUGAUCUGACCAACACUAACAGCUCAGACGUUGCCAUAAUAACACCCACUACAAACACAGACUCUGAAACUACCACUACUACCGUUUCUACUAUUGCGACAACGACUACUACAGCAAAACCUGCUACUACAGCAGGGAGCAAUGCACUGCAUCAUGCUGCAUCACAGGCUGCUCUGGUAAUUCUCUCAGGGAUCCUUGCAGUCCUCCUGUUGUAAGGAUGCUGCCCACACAUUUGCUUUCUGAAACUGGUCGAUGAGCACUGGACGCUUGAUGAACCCACCGCCAAAGUAUAUGUAAUUCAGCAUAUUUAUAACUGUGCAAUAUAGCGUCUCUGGGAACAAUGAAGAAAGGAGCUGAAAAUAUGGGGAAGAGGGCAAUACAUCAUUUAUUUAAUCUGUGUGUUUGUGUGAGAGAGAUUGUGUUUAUGAAUGUAUUUUGCGAGCGUUAGUGUUUGUAUUCUGCUAAUGUACUGCUAUUUAAAAUCAAGCUCCUGCACAGAGAGGGCUGAUCAAAAUUAUAAUCAGUCUGUUCAUUUAAUUGUGCAUGUGACACCAUCAAGUGGCUGAAAAUAUCUAAGAUAAUUGUUUUUAAAUGUAUUAAUUUAUUCUUAC